AUGCAUGCACCCGCCGAUACCUCCCCGUCGACAAGCCGGCAUUCCCGAAACGGGAUGAAUGCUAGCUUGCACAGCACAGUUGAGACCGGGAUGCACACCGCCGAGAGAUCCCCUCAACUGAACGAGGGUAACAUGUCUUCCAGCCAGUUGGCGAAUGCGUCGUCACGCUCCGACGGUGACAGCCAUGCUCUCUCCCUGUCUGGGUCCGACAUGACCGAAAUCGAGAUCGAGCUGCAUAAGGACUGCUUGAUGCAGGGCAUAACGUCGACGGACAAACGCGACGUGAUUAUAAGCAUGAUCAGUCUGCAAGGGUCAGUGCAUGCAUAUACAACUUUCCAUGAUUGGGUCUCGAUUCCGAGCGCAGAAGCAUUGGUCCUUGAGCAGGAGAUGCCGUCAUCACCGACAGCGAUGGCUGUACAAAAGCCGCCGGAGUCAGGCUGCUAUCGGAUGUCAUCACCAUCAUCAUCGCAAUCGGGAUCGUCUUGCUCCCUGUCAUCAUGGAGUUUAGACCGAACGAUGAUGACACCGUCCACGUUGACCAACUUUGAUGCCGAUUCUGCUAUAUCCGGACGCUCGAGCAUGACACUGGGCCUGGACUGGGCUGUCCUCCAAAUUGAGAUUCCUCUUGUAUCUUCGAUCGAUGACCUUAACGGCAUAGGUGCAUGGGCCGAGACCCAGUAG